CUCCUCUUCCCCUUCUCUUUCUCACCACCAUGAGUGUAUCAAGCGUGCUCUCGAACAGCACCUUCGCCCACGUUAAUCCGCUGCAUUUCUGGGGCCCCGUCACCGCUACCCUCGACUGGUGCGAGGCGAACUACCAGUUCUCCAAUUACAUCGCGGAAGCUACCAACACUUUCUCAAACCUAUGUACGGUCGGCCUAGCCCUCUGGGGCCUGUACCAGGCGUACGCACAGUCUCUGCCGCCGCGGUACUUCAUCGGCCAGGCGGGCUUUGCUCUCGUCGGUGUGGGGAGCAUGAUCUUCCAUGCCACCCUUCUGUUUGAGGCCCAGCUCGCGGACGAGCUUCCCAUGAUCUACGUCGCGUCCUACUGUUGUGCCGUCCUCUUCGACACCACGCGCGGUUACGAUCUUCGUGACUCCCCCAUCAUCCCACUCCUUAUCGGCGUUACCACCUUCAACGUGCUGUUUACCUGGUCCUACUUCAUUAACCGGAACCCGGUUUACCACCAAGUCGUGUUCGCAGGGCUGCUCGCCAUCACGUCCGUUCGCACCGUCUACCUCCUGCGCAACCCCAACAUCGCAAAGCGCGUCCCGCCGCCCGCCAAGGCGACCGUCGCGCGCCUCUUCUGGAGCGGCGCCGCCACCUUCGCGCUCGGCUUCUUCAUCUGGAACCUAGACAACAUCUUCUGUGACACGAUCACCCGCUGGAAGCACGUCUUGGGCUGGCCGGCCGCGUUCGUUUUGGAAGGCCACUCGUGGUGGCACAUCCUGACGGCUACCGGCACGUAUCUAAUGCUCGUCGGAAACACAUGUAAGACGCUGUGCAUCAAGGAAGACCACCGUAACUUCGGGAUCCGAUCGAAGUUCGGUGUACCGUGCCUUCAACGUGUUGCGGGCGAGAAAGUGAAGGCUCAGUGAAUGCGCGUGUGAUACGAACAAGUACCUUCGCUUUCCACUCUGAACGUUAACUGCUGAUAGAAGUCCCGAGAACGUCAUGUCCGUCACGAUUUCACGACCCCUGCAUGCUCUCCUACAUAGACGUCUAUCCAUGGUCCCGCAUCUUGUUGUCAAAUCAGUGCUCUGUAGCGCUACGUUUCACUAAUUGCAAUGUACAACUAUCUCUCCGAACGAUACUGUUUCACUAUAUGCGC